AUGAGCGAGUUAAUGUUGACAGUAGCAGGGAUGGAAAUAAAUACCAACACGGGUCCUUUUGACUUUGAUAUUAUUGAAUCCUUGUACAAUCAGUACUCACAUUUGCUAAAAGAUGAACCGAGCAGCCCCACAUAUUCUUUUAUUCCUUCAAUAAGGUCAAUUCCAGUAAUAAAUAGGCUAAUGCCAGCAUUAGAUGAAAAACAAAUACUUAUUAAAAAGCUAUUAUCGGAACAGAAGUCGGCCAUUAGCUAUAAAGAAUGGUUCGAUAUAUCCUUAAAACUAGAUGAAUUAUUAAAUAAUGAUCAGUGGAAAGUGAAUCCAGAAUCGAAUUUGUAUGACUAUGAGCUAGUGCAUAACAAUCUCAUAGAGAUGAGAAAUGCGAGGUUGUCCAAAGAUUAUAAGUUAUUGUUAUACUUAAUUAGAACCAAAUGGACUAGGAAUCUAGGUAAUAUGGGAGACAUUAAUUUGUAUAGACACUCACACGUUGGUACUAAAGCCUUGAUUGAAGACUAUAUAAAAGAAUGUGAAAUGUCUCUUGACUAUUUAAUAAAUAAUAGAGAUGUGAGCCUAGAUGAUCGAUAUUUGUUAGGUAUGCUCAUUCAAACUAGAAAAAAUAUAGGAAGAACAGCACUUGUUCUUUCGGGAGGUAGCACAUUUGGGAUAUUUCAUAUUGGGGUAGUGAUAACAUUGCUAGAAUCUAGUUUGCUACCAAGAAUAAUAAGUGGAUCUUCUGCUGGUUCGAUUAUAGCAAGUAUCAUAUGUUCUCAUUCAAACGAAGAGACAGUAUCCAUUUUAAAUGAGAUUAUGGUUAAAAAGUUUGACAUAUUUGAAAGUGGAGAUGUAGAAGAAGGGAAAGGAGAAAGUUAUAAGAGAGCAUUAAAAAAUCUUGGUCAUUUGUUGAAGUAUGGAACAUUAUUUGAUAUUGAUGCGUUGCAAAAUACAAUGAUUAGCCUUGUGGGAGAUUUAACGUUUAGAGAAGCAUAUAAUAGAACAGGGAGAAUUCUAAAUAUUACUGUAUCUCCCACUUCAAUUCAUGAACAAACUAGAUUACUAAACUACUUGACUGCACCGAACUGUCUUAUUUGGUCAGCUGUAUGUGCGUCAUGCUCGUUACCAGGUAUUUUUCCAUCUACAUUAAUUUAUGAGAAGGUUCCUAACUCUAAUGGUGUACAAGAAUGGAAUAAUGACGCAUCCAUGAAAUUUGUUGAUGGUUCAGUUGACAAUGAUUUACCUAUCACAAGACUUCUGGAGAUGUUUAAUGCUGACCAUAUCAUUGCAUGUCAAGUUAAUCCUCAUGUUGUUCCGAUUCUUAAAGUUUCUAUUAGUUCUAUUGGGGGUGAGGUGGAAAAUGAAUUGAAUUAUAAAUUUAAAAACUUUUUAAAUAAUUGCUAUGAUUUUAUGACGAGUGAAAUCAUACACUAUCUUCAGAUUUUAAAUGAAAUGGAUGUCUAUAAGACAUUAUCCAAUAAGCUAAUAACACUUAUUUCGCAGCAUUAUUCCGGAGAUAUAACCAUUUUACCUGAUUUCAAGACUGAAGACUUUUUAAAGGUAUUUAAAAACCCUACUCCAGAAUUUUUACUCGAUUUUAUAAUAAGAGGUGCUAGAGCUUCAUGGCCCAAAGUUACUGUGAUAUACAACCAUUGUGGGGUGGAAUUUGCUUUAGAUAAAGCUAUAAGUUUAUUACGAGGGAGGUUGAUCACGUCUUCGAAUAAUAAAUUAACUUAUAGAAAUUCGGAUUCAACUAACAACAAUGCUAACCAAAAUAUAACCUUGGUAAAUCUCCCAGUGAUGAAUUAUAAUGAUUCAAUAACUUCUCCAGUUACUCCAGAAAAAUCAAGAAUUAAUAGCUUCAGUCAUGUACCCCCAAAUAUGAAAAGGCAUAAUUCGGCUUCAUGUUCUAUUGGCAUAUCGGGUAGCACAAAUAAAGCUCCAGCUUUUAAAAGGAAUUCAAUAAGUGUUGCCAUACCUUCAACACAUAAACACAGCGACAAAAUUUUGAAGGGUAGAUCAACGACGUCUUUGGCUUCUAUGUCUUCUCAAUAUUCUCAUCAGAAUAGUGACAUUUCAGCAGAAACCACUUUAAUUAAUGAUGAUGAUAGAUACGGAAGGUUUGCACCUCUGAACAAGAGAUUAGAAAAGCACCAUAGCUUUCCAGAUAACUUUAAAACACCAAGUGGUUACAGUGAAGAUGUUGAAUCUAAAGCAGGAAAACAAGAAAAAGGCCUUAAUGAAAGACAAAAAGUACGGAAGGCUAAAAGUUCCGGAAAUUUCAAUAUUGUAGGAAGAAAAACUGAUACUAACAACCAAAAAUUGAAGUAUCAAACUGAAAGAAUCCCAUUUUAUAAAGGGAAUCCAUAUUUGGAUGUAUCUUCUAAACAUGCACACUUUGAUUAUGAAGGAGCUAAAGAUUUUCCUGAGAAUAUUUUAGUAGCUGCCUUUAAUGAAAACAUUGAAAAAGAAAAGCCAAACCUACCCAAAUUGUCGAAUAACAAUUCCUUGAGAAACUCAUAUAUUGGAUUGAAUAGACUCAAAGAUAAUUAUUUAUCAAGAUCUAAUAACAAUUCUAAUUAUAAUUUAAAGGAUGCAUAUAGUAGUGAGUUAAUCAAGAGUAGAUUGAUGAACUUACACUCCCCAGAUUUGAGGAGAUCUUUUUCUAAAAGUUAUCCUAAUGAUAAUAAAUACUCUCAAGUGUUUAACGCUACAGAUAACGAAGAGGAAAGUGACGAGAUCGGAAACGAACAGCCUGUUUCUGCAAAUGGUCUUUUUAAAGGAUCAAAAUUAAAAGACAAAGGAAAUGAUCGUAUUAAAAAUGAAAUUCAUGAACCUGACGAAGAAAUAGGUGCCGAGAAAAAAGAUGAGAUUGAAGACAACCUAGAAUGUGACGAAGAUGAUGAAAAGAAUAAUGAAGUAGACGAUGACAGAAAUAAUGAUGAUGACAACAAUGAAAGUUCAGAAAAGAAAGACUCCGAUGACAAAGUUAAGAUAAUCGAGCUCUCUGAAGAUAAUAGUACUGAAGAGAAACAAUCUGAGGGAACUGAGAAUGACGAGAAUGAUGAUUUUUAUGAGUGCAAUUAA